AUUAUUUCUUUUUUUUUUCAGCACUCUGAGGAAAAUGCCAAGUCUCUCAGAGGAUUCAUCUCUACAGACGGCGUUCAUUCAGGAGCUGAUGGAGUGUGUCACUCAUCCCCAUAAGCAUGGCAGAAAGAGACACGGUGAAGGAGAAGAUCCAUGCUAAGAAAAUCGAGGACGCUAUUUACUCCUUCACUUAACUACAUCAGUGGCUGUUGUGUUUUUUUAUGGAUGGAUGGAUGGAUGGAUUGAGGAAGGGAGGGGGGAGUUUUCAGUGUUGGUGCACAGAGAGGGGUGUGUCUUUAUAAAGACAGCCGAGCAACAGCGUCCUCUCACAGCUGAACAGGAGCUGAUAACAGGAGACUACUGAGGGUUUAUCAUUUCACACGUCUUCUCAGGACAGGUACACGUCUGCACUUAGCACAGCAACACUUCACUACAAUCGGUGUAUAAUGAUGAAGACGCCGUUCUGGACUCUCCUGCUGAUGGGGCUGUUUGUCCCCGGACAUGGUGACUGUCAGAAAGACUGUGUCUCCUGCAGCCAAAUCCUUCCCAAAGACCACAGCUUUGACACACUGGUGUGUUUGGUGGAAUGUCGCAGCAGGGUUGAUGUGGGAUUCACGUGGGAGAGGUGUCAGAGCGCCUUGGAGGAAAAACCCCUGACGUCCCUGUCCAUAGGGAACUCCGUGUUGAAAAGAGCCGAGGAGGAAGUGGAAACCGUCCUGCCCAUGGGUCAGUCUGACGGAGGUCUCACGUAUUCUGGAACCCUGCAGCGCUUCGAUCAUGUGGCACGAGCUUUGGGUCUUGACGAACUCAACCAGGAGACUGAAAUCCCCAAGUUUAGUCCAUUGUCCAUUCAGCCUCCGUCUGCACAGGAAGAACCAGACGCUGAAGACUGGGAGCUGAGAAGCGACCGAGACGGAGGACCGGUGAACCGCAGCAAACGGUUCGGAGGCUUCCUCAAAAGCAAGUACGGCUACAGAAAGUUCAUGGACCCCGGUCGGUCUUUGCAGAAGAGAUAUGGUGGCUUCAUAGGCAUCCGCAAGUCGGCCCGCAAGUGGAACACCCAGAAACGCUUCAGUGAGUUUCUAAAGCAGUACUUGGGCAUGACCACUCGAGCGAGUGAGUUCAACAGCGUGUCUACUGACAUCACCCAUCAGAACGAGGUGUGAGUAUCACCGCUAGUGCUACGUUUCCCCAGCAAGGCCUUCAUCUCUUUCAUCUAAUUAAAAAAAAAAAAACUGACCUCUUCAACAUGGUAGCAAAUCUCUGAGUCCUUGUGAAGCCAAGUUUUAUUUAUUUUCUAUCCAGAAAUUUUCAAGCAGUUUCCAGAAGCUUCAUUUCAUCAGAUGAAACUGGUACCAAGCUUCAGCGCUAAUAAAAACACAAAAGUAACAAACCACAACAACAGCACACACACACACACACACACACACACACACACACACACUCAUCGGUAUCUUUAGCAUCUUUAGCAAAAUCCCACAAUGCAUUGCAAAAGACUAGUGUUCAAAGACUGACAAGGAGACGCAGGACACAUAAAGACAUGCUGUAGGAAGCAGGGAAUGUUUCAGAUACUAAAACUAACUCAAUCUAAGAUCGCUCUACAAUCACGACUGCUUUACAGUCCUCUAACUCUUCCUAUGAAGGUCAUAUUACAUGUUUAUAAAGUGUUCAUACACUAGGUCAUUACACACUUUGUUAUUAUUGAUGAAGAUGCAGUACGCUUUACAGCUCUGAGUUAUGAAGAAGAAGCAGAAGAAGAUAAACAAUGUCAUGACACGUUGUCAUGAAGUCAGCAGUAGUUUAUUACACUUUAUAAGUCUUUUAACUGAAUUAUAACAGCGUUCUUAAAGAACUUUGUAAAAACAUUUUAAAUUAAUGUUUACAUUGAUAUUUGGCAGCAGUGAAGUUCAGGUUAUAAAUUCAGAGAAAUAAGACGUCAGGUUGAAGUAAUGAAGCUUGUUAUGUUUCUAUAACAUUAAUCAUUUCAGACUAAAUAAAUAUUCACUAAACACUAUAAAGCUGAAUGUUUUUGAGAAACAGUAUUUUAUUGUAAUGUAUUGUAUAAGAUUUUAAACAUUAUAGCAUUAUAAACACUUUCCAUAUUAAAAAACGAUAAUCACGGCGUAUCUGAUGCUCUGUUACGUGUGUAAUGACAUGUGAUAUGUUUUUAUGUGAUAUGUAUUCACAGGUCGUUUAUAAAGCACACAGGUGCAGACUUAUGACCUUCAUAGGAAGUGUUCACUUUGUCUGGGGUUAGUUUUAAUACGGGGGCAUAUCUCUCUUUCUCUCUCUCUCUCUCUAUCUCUCUCUCUAUCUCUCUGUAUCUCUCUCUCUCUCUCUCUCUCUCUCUCUCUCUCUCUCUCUCUCUCUCUCUCUCUCUCUCUCUCUCUCUCUAUCUCUCUGUAUCUCUCUCUCUCUCUCUCUCUCUCUCUCUCUGUGUGUGUCUCUCUCUCUGUCUCUCUCUCUCUCUCUCUAUCUCUCUCUCUCUCUGUAUCUCUCUCUCUCUCUCUCUAUCUCUCUCUCCCUCUGUCUCUCUCUCUCUAUCUCUCUCUCUCUCUCUGUGUGUCUCUCUCUCUGUCUCUCUCUCUCUCUAUCUCUCUCUCUCUCUGUAUCUCUCUCUCUCUCUCUCUGUGUGUGUCUCUCUCUCUCUAUCUCUCUCUCUCUCUGUCUCUCUCUCUCUCUCUCUCUCUCUCUGUCUCUCUCUCUCUCUUCCUCUCUCUCUGUCUCUCUCUCCCUCUCUCCCUCUCUCUCUCCCUCUCUCUCACUCUCUCUCUUUCACACACACACACACACACACACACACACACACACACACACACACACACACACACACAUUCCCUAAUCGAGUUCUUCAUGGAGAACGAACAAACUGAAGAACUUUUAAACUUUCUGUGCUCAUGUGUUCAGAAGGUUAAACCACACUGACACCUAGUGGUCAUUAAAAACACGACACGUCCUGCUUUUCAAUCACCGACACGAUUUGUGCAGCUUCACUGAUGGACAUCAUCACAUCACAAAUACAACCCGACACAGUUGGUUUGUAUUAUUUUAUAAUAAUUACAAUUAAUUAAUUAUUAAUUAUUAAUAAUAAUAAUAAAUGAAGGAAAGCCCGAUGUAUUUAUGUAAAUG